AUGGAGCGAGACAGGCCACGAUCGCUGACACCACAGAGCCAACGAAGCUCGCAGCGAAAGCAUGGGUUGAAGAUGCAAACGCUGCCGCUUCCCGAUGAGCUCAAGCCACGCGAAAGCGUGAGGACUACGCAGGAGGAUGAUCUGGCAAAAGACCUUGAGGAGUUCCAAUCGGAACCUCCGCAUUCGAGCUUUGAAAGAGACGAGGAUUUCAAGUUUAAGCGACACAAACAUCGGCAAAACGCAGGGACGGCCAGUCUGGGGGAGAGACUAGACAACAUACAAGAGCUUCAAAACGCACGGUGGAUGGAUAAUUUCAACUCGUCGGCCAAUUUGGGCCGUCCUCCGCGCAAUGCCCACCGGGAACAAUCGUCGCAGGAAUCGCUGCAACGGCAUCGGCAGCAACAGCAACAACAGCAGUCGUCAUUGAUGCCAAUGCAAGCACCGCCUUACAUGCCAUUUAUGUACUACUAUCCGUAUGCGCCCCCCAUGAUGCAGCAAAUGCCGACGUCUCCGGUGCGUCCUGCAGACCAAGAUAUGCCACAAUUUGUCAAUUCGUCGCAGGGCUACCCAAACACUUCUACUCAGCCGUUUCUGCCGCCUCUCCCGCCUCAAAACAGCCAAUUGAUGCCGCCACCACCCCUGUACCCAAACUACUCGGGCUACAAUUACUAUAACGACAUGCAGAGCAGCUUGGCCCAGAAAAGCAAACAGAGAAGAGAGAAAAGAAGCUCUCUGAUGGCCCAACGUGGCCGCAGAUUGUCCCUGCUGUCAAUACAGGACAACAGUCACAUCAUAUCUCCGCACAAGGACGUGCCAGAACAUGAUUUCUACAGACACAUCGCCAACACGUCUUUCGGCCAAGAUCUACAAAUACGGCAGCUUUUCAGCUGGUGUUUCAUUCGAUGUCUGCGAAAAUGGGAACAGCGCGAACAUCGGGGCAGCCCCCAGAAGCCGGAUAGUCAGGGAGAGGCCUAUGUAGAUCCAAAGAGGAUAGCUUUGGUGAUCAUCAAAGAGAUUGUGGAUGAACUACGAAAGGGCAAGAUAGACGUCAACUGGGAUGUUGAAGACUCAGCAGACAGCGCGUUGGAUGAUAAUUCGCGCUACCAAGAGGAGGAUACGGAGUUACGGGCGCUUUUCGACGACGACGAGGAAGAUGAAGAAGGCGGUGGUCAAGUGGUAAGAAAAAGGCAGAAAAAAGGAGUUCGCAAGCAGUUGAUCAAACUGCCUAACGAAAAAAAUGUACAGAAUGCAAAGAACUUGGAAGUUUUACAAAAACAAAUCGAUACACUAGACGGUGAAAUCAAGAAAUGGAUUCAUGAAUUGGACGAUCCAGGCAAAACAACUGAAUGGGAACAAUUUGGUGGAAAGCUUAAUGAGCUCAGGCAAGACCUGCGACAAAGUCCUGCAGCAGAUGAUCCGGCGCAAGAUCCGGUGCCAGAAUUGGAGCGCAAACUUCGUUUGCGCAUGGAGCGGCUCUAUGCAACGUCUCAUAUUUUGCAUUCAAAUUCCAAGCUCUUGUCAAAAAGCUCUCAACGCAAAUUAAGAGAUCUGACGCAUUUCAUCAAUCAAAACGUAUUUACGUCUCAGACGGCUACCACUCCAGCGCAGCAGCCCAGAAAAGAGACCAAGAGCCUGUUAGUGGGACUAAGCAGACUACUAGCGCGACCGCAGACAUGA